GGCACGCAGGGUAACGUGACUCAUCAGUUAUACUGACUCUUGGUGAACGACCGGCUUCGGUACUUUUUUGCCAUGUCUACACACAGUGAAGUUCUAGCAAUCUGGUUGAAACGAGUGAAUGAAGAAGGUCCCCAAUCAGUGGAGUGUCUAGUUCGACAGCACGUCUCGUCAACUGUUCAGUCUCUGCUUCGCGAGAAAUCAUUGGGCGACCGCUGCGAUCCCCACGAUGUAAACCUAUGUGCCGCAGUUUUGAGACACCAAGUCAUCGACUCUCUAGACUGGUUUAUAUGCGCUGGAGACCCUGCUGAGCGCGUCGAACAUAUCCGAAGCAGUGAAGCUCCACCCAGCGUCUGUGGGCGAACGCUGAAGUAUGGAGAACCCGUCUAUACGUGCAGGGACUGUGGUAACGAUGCAACGUGUGUCUUGUGUUCAGAGUGUUUUCAAAAGAGUUCACACCGAAAACACAGAUAUAAGCUGCACACAGCUGGUGGCGGUGGCGUCUGUGAUUGUGGAGAUGCAGAGGCAUGGAAAGACUUUGGAUGGUGCGAAAUACAUCAGCCAGUGAUCAGCCCACCAAACAAUUUAGUGUUACCCAGUGAUAUGUCGAUUCGAGCGUAUGGUGUGGCAGAGCAAUGCAUGCGUUAUGCUAUAGAUGUACUUUCUUGGAAACCAACGGACUCUCUUCCUUUGGAUCUUGCAGAAAAAGAUAUGAAUGACUGUUACGUUGCAGUAAUGGUAAACGAUGAAGUUCACUCGUUUGAUGAGGUCGUACACAAACUAUGCAAAGUACUCGAUCUUUCGUCUGUGCAAGCUCUACAGUUGGCCACAGAGGUCGAUCGUGUGGGACGAACUCCCAUCUUUGUGUCGACCAAAUUAAAGUGCAAGAAAGUGCAAGCAGAAGUCAUGAAAGGCACAAUGAAGCAUGGUCGCGAGUUACGUGUUGAAGUCAUUCCGGCUCUCCUGCUUGCUCAUCAGAACUGUGCUAUUCAACUGUUGCUUUGGUUACAGGAACUUGGAACAAAGUGUUCUGCCUUGCGUAACCUAUUUUGUGAAGUUGCACUGAAGUGUCCAGCAGAUCGUGUAGAAUCAAUUUCGAUACUUGGGAAAGUGUUGUUAAAUGAUUCUCUGCUAUGGAAAGAGGCCAGAAAUGCUUGUCAGCAGUUGUUUACUAAACAAAUGUUAUUUGACCCAUUGUGUAAAAAGAUGUUGAGUGUGGAGUAUGUGAAGUGGUACCAUGAACUGCAUGAUCAAUUUCUUCAUGACGAUCACGAACAUGCCAUUUCUGUGAUAUCAAUUUCAGUGCAGCUGUUUACCACUCCAUCCAUUGCUCAGAUGUUGGUGGUUGAACACGACGCUCUAAAGCGUGUACUGGAUGUGUACAUUUCUUAUGUGAACGUAGAGAAACAAGGGCAUAGCAAGAAGCUGUCUCUUCCAAAACUUCCAUUUCACUUUUUCAGACGCGGCCGGUGGAUGCUUUAUGAUUUCUCGUAUCUUUUGCAGAAUGGAAGGGGAGAAUGGACACCUGUUUUAAUGGAGAAGUUUCUUAAUGCUUUUCAGUCUCUGUUACAAUUGCUGUCUUACGUACAGGGUGUUGACACCAGUGUCAGACAAACAUCUCUUCAUGUGUUAUAUGAAUUGGAUUGGGAACCCGCAAUUAAUUUGCAGAUUGAUCUCUGUCAUGUUCUUCCUUUGGUGCUACAGUGGUGUUCAUCAGAGGCUCAAGUAUUGUCUGCAUGUAUCAAGCUUACGUUGGCAGCUAUAGAGAAGGAACGACCGAGGGCAAAGAUAAAAUAUGAUUCAGAUCAUAUUGAAGUGUUUGAUGUCUUUCACGGUCCAUCGACAAUACAUUAUCCACUUCCAAGACUUUUGGCGAGCUUGUUGGUUUAUGCUGACAAAUACCAGUUGACAUUUCAAGAACUUUUGGAUGUUGGCAAGGAUCCUUGUAUUGGGCAGUAUCUAAUGGAGGAGCCUUUGAGGGCAAUAGUGUUUGCAGCCCAAGUGAACAGCGGUUACUGGCGACGUAAUGGAUAUGCUUUACUGAGUCAGGUUGCCAAUUAUCAGCUUUCUUGUCGCUCAGAAACGUAUGACCAAGACAUUGUGCUGCUGCAAGUGUGUGCUGCUGUGAUGGAUCCAGAACUGUUUAUCAAAACAGUUGUGAAACGAUUUGGUCUGGCCAAAUGGAUGGAUUCCAAAUUUUGCCCAGACAAGAAGCCUGUGCCAGAGGAUCAAGUGAAGCUAGAACUUCGAAUGGCUGAAGAAAUGAUGCAACUGCUUAUAAUGGUGCUUGGUGAAAGAUACCACUAUGGUGUCGGUCAAGUGACACUUGAGCAGUGUGUAUCUCGUGAGAUAUUACACAGGCUGUGCAUGGGUCCUUGUCCUCACAGCAAACUUCAGAACAUCCUUCCCAAACAGGCACUGAAUGCCGAUGGUGAAACAGAAGUGAAUCUUGAUCAGAUUCUCUCAGUAGUUGCCACAUUCAAACAUGCUGGUCCUGGUACCAAGAGACAAUACGAAGUGAAACUGGAAUGUUUGUCUCAGUUUUCACCGUUUUUCUACCAUUAUAGUCGAAGUGACCUUUCAAAGGCGACCGAAUAUUUAAAGAAGAGAGCCAAAACCGAAGGCAGCAGUGAUGUGUUUCAGUCACUUCCGGCUGCUCUGCCUAAUUUUACAUUGCCGUUUGAUGGUGUGAGAAAUCUCUUCAGAACGGAACAGCUUUCAUGCCUUAUUAGUCUGAUUGCUGGUCGAACGGCAUGCAUGGUGUCACAGCUUUGGACUGAGCAUUUAUCAUAUGCGGCUAUGUACUUGGCUGGAAUGGCAUUGCUUGAUGAAGAAGACCACGGACUGGAGCUUUCUAGACCAGGCCUGCCAUUUACGCAGCUUUCAUACAAAGACACAUUAGGUGUACCAAAGGGUCUGUUUACAUUUGAUACAAUAAUGCAACGUUUUAGAGGGUGUCAGCGAGUGGAGAGCCAUGGUGCACUUAUAAUUUCUGUGUUCAAGAAACUUAAUGAAAUGUGCGGUAAUGAUCCAGAGGUGAUGCCAACAAGUGAGGAGGCUUGGGUUAAGUUUUUGCAUUCAGUUGUCAGUUUACCUGGUGGAGAAGCAGCAAGACCCUUUCUGGUUGAGAAGGAGAAAGCUCUUAUGUUGGCAAGGGCUGAACAGAAACAGAAGCAAGAGAAAGAAAAGGCAACUAAACAGAAAUCAUGUUCCUCGCCAUUCUCACACUUUUGGAAGUGUUCUAAACAUAAAAGCACAGAACAAUCGACUGAAAAAGGUCAGUCAGCUGGAAAGUCAUGUGAUAAGCAGAAGAGGACUAGAACAAUGGCUGAAGAGAGAAAGCAGCAGAUAAUGGCGAAAAUGAAAGUGCAGCAGGAGGAGUUUAUGAAGCACCAUUCGUAUUUGCUAGAGUCAUCUGAGACAAAAAUUGAUACGUGCUCAAGUGUGGACGACACUGACUUGCCAAUGGAAUGCUGUGAUUCCCAGCCUGUUGCUGUUGGCCUGUGUUGUACUUGGCAGCUGAAGAGUCGACUGAAACCUAAAAUUUUGUGCAUUUUGUGUCAAGAGGAGCAGCCCAGCGAGAUUCUGGUUUAUGCGUCGUGUAUACAACGAUCAUCAGUGUUAUGUUGUCCAGAAAGCCUAGACCAGUGUGUGCCAGGACCUGAUCAUUGUUGCGAUCUUCUAAAGGCUUGUUGUAGUGGAAUACAUGUCAGCAGCUGUGGUCAUGCAAUGCACUUUGCAUGUUGGAGAAGGUUUAUUGAAACGAAACAAUCAGAGCAGGAACGACGGAUGGUGUUUCGACCUCGUCAAUGUUAUAGUGUCGAAGCUGGAGAAUUUUUGUGCCCUUUGUGUGGCUGUUUUUCUAAUGCCGUUUUACCAGCAUUGCCUCCAAGUGUUGAAACUAUUAUUACAAAAGAUAGUACAAAAGAAAUACUUAAGAGGAAGGACUGCUUUCAACUACUCAGACAGGCAGCAUCCGAACAUUGCCAAGUCAUGAUGAGUAGCUGCAUUAGAAACACAGCUGUGCAAGUUGCCUGUUGUGUGGCUGCUGAUCAUGUGCUGGUGCCAAUCACUGAUGGUGCAUAUGAAUGUGUUUCUCACCAACUUGAAGCUUACAAGUUAUUCUUACAGUCAACUUUAGUGAAUGGUCUCGGACAACUGCCAGACGAUAGUGAUAUACGAGUUCUUGUCUCUUCUUGGCAAUCGUGUGCUUACACUCUCUUUGCUGCUGAGCAACAAAUGCGAUUAUUUGGUGAUGGACGGUUUGAUAGCCUCUCUUGUCGACAGAAAGAGUGUCUUCAGGCUCUUGUAUGGCAUGCAUCAACAGCCUCACGACACUUUAACCCCAACAGCGUGAAACGAGUCUGUCUCACUCUUCUAACAGCUGUUUUUUGUCCUGGCAACAGCACAAACGAGCCAUGUGUAGUGGAAUUAAGUGCAUUAAAUCUACUGAUUGGUCUCUUGUUUUCGUUGCCGUUCUUGGAUGUGGAUGCAGUGGACUAUUUCAGUGUCACACCAAACUGCCAGGAACAUGUAGUGUGGUUGGCAUUUGCUCUAUGUAUUGUACAAGCUCUGCUGACAUUGGAUAUGGAAGAACUGAAUGAAGAUGUGGGUCAACGAGACGUGGACGAUCUAGUAAAGCAACUUCUGGUGCAAUUGAGGCAUGAUGAUGUCUCAAGGGCUAACUUCUCUGCCUCUGGUGUGCCUGCAACUCUGGAGUGCCAAGUUUCCUCUUUUGUGCGCUCGGCAGUGUUACUCUUUCAUUUUCUGUCUGACAUUCCAUUGCCAGAUGAGAGCACAGGUGCGUUGUCAACAGAAGGUCUGUUGCAUUACCUUGGGCUUCCAACAUUGGCCAAUGUACUGCAGGAGAUCAGCAGUCUUUCAGUAACAGAAGAUGGACGUUUUAUUGAAGAGUGGUGUAGAUGUCAUCAACAGCACAUGGAUUGUGACGGACAGACCAGAAGUAUCAUGUCCUCUCCUGUCACCAGGCCCUUGAUUGAUCUUCCACAUGAAUAUUUUGACAUUGUGGAAAAAGUUGCAACUUUUAGAUGUCCGAAUUCUCAGGGAGAGGGAAGUCGUUCUCCUGCUCUGUGUCUUGUGUGUGGCACAAUUGUUUGUGUUCAAAGCUACUGUUGUCAAACAGAAUCAGAUGGACAAAUGGUUGGAGCUUCAACUGUCCACAGCAGAAAGUGCUCAUCAGGAGUCGGUCUGUACCUGUACGUUCGUGAAUGUGAGGUUGUCUUGCUUGCUGGAGGUGGAAGAGGCUGUUUGUAUCCCACUCCUUAUGUUGAUGAGUAUGGUGAAACAGACGUGGGACUCAAACGUGGAAAUCCUCUUUAUUUGUGUGAGGACAGCUACAAGAAGCUGAAAGAAAUCUGGCUGAAACAUAUGAUGUAUGAAGUGGUUGUCAACAGCAUGGAGAAACAUCCCACUCUUAUGGAUAUUCCGUGGGCACACACUUAAUGUCUCUAGUCAGGAGUUAAGCGUCUAGCUGUUCAGACUUGGUAGUUGUCAAAAUAUUGUAUUUGUAUAUAUUCUUUCUACAGACAGACAAACAGUCUACUCAUCUUCUAAGUUAUAAACAAAUGUUAUUACAGUUAGCCGGAAUGAGUUACUUUUUUAAUGUUUAGACUGAAGUGGUGGUGUUACUGUAUUGUUGUCCUACCCUAGAAUCAUAUCAUAAUCAUAAUAUCUUAGUUCUGCAGUAUCAUAUUGAUUAGAUUGCUGUAGAGCAAUUGGUAAUACCAUAUGAACUGCUGGCUGUGA